AUGGGCCAAUCAUCUACCACCUGCAAUAACGGAGAUUCCGAUUUGAAUCUCAUUGGAGAUGAAGAGGAACACCUCUCUUCGAGAGGUAAAUCAGGGAAGCGAAAAGAUCGUAUGAGAAGUGCUUCCUCCUCCCCUAACAAUAACCACAUCGGUAACAACAACACUACAUCAUCAGAACUAUCAUCGGUGAUACCUCAGCAAUCAAUAAUACCUGUGCUCGAUGAAAAAUCGAAAUGGUCCAAUGAUCCUUCGUGGAGAGAUGAUUUGAUAAACUUGGCAUAUAGCACAAAGAAGCAGUCAACUAACUCGAGUGUGAAAAUACAAUUAUUUGACAAGGUAUCUGCGAGUGUUGUGGCCACUGCCAUUUGUCCUUUUCUUGACAUUCGAAGUGUGAUUUAUUUAAUGCAGGGUACCAAUCGUGAAAUUUAUGACCAGAUCCGAAAGUCAAUUACACACUUUUUCUAUAUUCCAAUGUUACCAGAAGAAGAAGAAGAAGAGCAAUUGGACGACAGUUAUUUCCCUGAAGAUUAUCAAAGACCAAAACAACCACCAAAGCAAAAACCUAAAAUUUUAUUUCCUCCCAAGCAUGCCAAUUCUUCGUUUUGGGAACCGAUAGUAGCUCAAUUCCCUAAUUUACAGCAAAUUAGAAUUCCUCAAUUAUAUAUUUUAACUCAUUAUUUUGAUCUUGAUGGAUAUUUGAAAACGUUGAAGCAUUUACAGAAUUUUAAUCAUACAUGUUUAGACCACAAAUAUUUGAAAACAUUCCCAAGUUAUUCCAAAAUAACUCUCAACCAAGAUUACACGUCAUUAUUUGAAAGUGAAACAUUUGAAUUGAUGGAAUCAUACAAACAUGUUCACACCCUUCAAUUACACUGUGUGAAAAAUGUAACAAAUUCCAUGCUGAACCGCCUCUUACAAUUAUUCUCUAAUUUGAAAUCUUUAUCGAUCACAACAUGCCAAUUUGUGUCGCCAGGAUUUUCACCAUCUCCUCAAAGGCCAAUAGUUCCUUAUCUUAAAGACCCAUCCUGCACCAUUGAUUUUACAGGGCUCAUUACCACUCAUCUUGAAGAACUUUCAAUUUUGUGCAAUAGGAGUAUUUAUGAUGUUAAUUCAAUCAUACAGGCUGCAGAACAAGGAAAGUGUCCAAAACUUACUCGAUUCAGAUAUAGUUCAACAACCAAUGUAGUCGGUGCUGCACAAUUAGAAGCUUUACUUUCCAACAAGUAG